AUGUCUGAUUCUGACAUCAAGUUAAAAAUCAAGGAGGUUAUAGAGGCAACAAUUUUAUCAAUAGUUCAGGAGCAGUCUGAGAAAAUCGAAAGGCUAGAAAAGCUAGUUGAACAACAGCAAGAAAGAAUUCAAUUAUUAGAAUCCAAACUCUUUGGAUCGGAAUUACAAAAGACUGUUAGAAAGGAUAAUAAACAUCAUACUACUAAUCCAAUUUUCCAUACGUCGUAAUAGAAUUAAAUUUAGGCAUAGAAACCAGAUGCUACAAUAAUCAAAACCUAAUUGAAGAAGUUGGAAUAAGAAAGAGAAAAAACUUAAGAUCACAAAUAACUAUCCCAAUCCAAACCAAAAUUUUAAUAAUAGAAUAGUUAACAAAAUAUUACUUCAUCUGCAAUUCAAAGGAAUAAUCAAAUAAAACAUUAAGAAGCCAUUAAAGCAUUACCAGAUCCGAAAAAGUUAAAGACUCAAGUUCUGGAAUCUUAAAAAUAAUUCAGCAAUACCUAACCAAUUAAAUUAAACAACUAGCCCAAAUCUCAUUCCUCUUCUUCAAGGGAACUUAUAGGUUUAAAAAAAAGUCCUUCACAAUCUUUAAGUUUGGUUAAUGAAUAAUAAGUUAAAACUGCUUCCAGUCCUAAAAAUUGCUAAAAAUCCCAAUUCCAAUCAUAAAAAUAAGAUGCAAUCUCACCGCAAAACUCACUCAAUAAUGCUGAAGAUAAUCAAUCUGAAAAUUAAUAAUCAAUAUAAGCAUCCCCUAUCAAAGAAUAACAUUAAGUAUCACUCUAGCAUUUAGAUGAAAGUGAUGCUUAUUCUUAAUAUUAGGAGUCUCAAACUUAAUAAUUGGAAAAUAAUCAAGAAAUUUAAGAGCAAGAAGAAGAGAUUGUCUUACCAAUAGAAUUCAAAACAAUGACAAUUGAUUCAUUUGAAAUUAUAGAGAUGAACUUUGUUAGCGAUCUCCUUUAACAAGAAGAAAUACCUGAAUCUGUUAAAUAAGUGAUUUUUGUUUUUCUAGUUAUAGUCGAAGAUUUCAAUGCAUACGAAAUUGAAGAUUAGCAUUUUUGGGAUAAAGCCUCUAAGUUUUUACAAGACAAUGAAAAAUAAUUUCCUUUAUUCCUACAAACUACCAAAGAAAAAGCAUUUAAGAAAUCACAUCUCAAUUCAAUAUCCCAAUUAAUUAACAAAAACCCUGAUGUUAUUGAUCCUGAUAAAUUUGAGGAUAUAGAUGCAUUAACCUGCACCUUAGCCUAUUUUAUAAAAGACUUUCAUAGUGCUCUUAAAAAGCUUUAAGUAUGA